CGCUGUGCGUUGCCCUCUUCAGGUCUUUGCCCUGUGAGUCAGUGACAGCUUCAGGUUGUGUUGUGAUGAGGAAAACCUUUAUCUAAUCCGGAUUCACGGCCAAUAUGCGCUGUGCGAAACUGUGAAGGCGAAUCCUCUCAAUUUUUGGACGAAUAAUUGGAUUGGGAUUCAUUGAAAAUGGCUGUAAAUUUGGAUAAACACAAGGAGUCAAUGCUUGCUGCAUGGAGUGAGGUCGUGGAUGACAAGUGCCCAAUAAACUGGGCGCUCUAUGGAUAUGAAGGACAAACCAAUCAGCUCAAACUUGUUGGAAAAGGAGAUGGAGGCCUCUGUGAGGUAGCAGAGGACCUCAACAGUGGAAGCAUUAUGUACGCUUUUUGUCAGGUCCAAGACCCGAAAACCAGUUUGCCAAAGUAUGUCCUCAUCAACUGGCAAGGAGAGGGUGCACCUGUUGUGCGGAAAGGAAUGUGUGCCAAUCAUAUUCGAACUGUGUGUGACUUUCUAAAGUGUGUUCAUGUGACCAUUAAUGCCCGCACUGAAGAAGAUGUUGAUCCUAAAUUAGUGAUGGAUAAGGUCUGCAAGUCUACAGGUUCAGCAUACAACUUCAAAGAGCGUUCUAAUCUGAGCAAUUCCAACAAUAAUGGACCCGUGGGCACUGUUUACCAAAGGGUCAAUCCUGGACAAGAAAUCAAUUCUAAGGAGCGAGACAGGUUCUGGGAGCGCGAGGAGCAGGAAGAGCGUUCUCGACAAGAAGAAGAGCGUAAACGCCGUGAGGAGGAAAGAAAGAAGCAAGAAGACGAACGCCGUAAAAGAGAAACUGUCGAAGCAGCAGAGCGAGAGAAGCGAGAAUCAGAAUUGAAUGUGAAAAGAGAAGUUGUUCGUAAAGCUGAAAAGCAGACCCGGGUUGAUCAAAGCAAUAUGGAUGGUGAACUUGAUGAUAGGGAACGAGAAGAAAGAGAACGCAGGGAACGCAGCGAAGUCCUCAGGAGACAACGAAGUGAGGAAGCUCAGUCACUUAUUUCAAAGCGAACUAUUAAUGCUAGAGCAAUAUUUGAGCAGAACUCGGCUGCUGGACAACUGACUAAUCUAGGCCGCCGAGCUUCAUUCCAACCAUCCAAUGAUUCUACAAAAGCUAAGAACGGUGUUUCAAGUCCAGAAGCAGUUACACCUACACAAGCCUUAGGCAGGAAGUCAUCUUUACCCUCAUGGCCUCCUAUGCAAUCUUCAGUUACAUCGGAACCAUUACAGCCAACCAUACCGGAAACUCCAUCAUCAGUUGAAGAGAUGGUUACACCUCAAAUUCAAGAGAACUCACCUGAACCAGUGGAAGAUGCAGCACCUGCAAGUGAAGAUGACCGGGAUUGGGAGUCUGAAGACUCUCAAACAGGAACCAUUGUCAGAAAGUCUCAUAAGAAGAACACUGAGGUCCAAAAAGAAAAGGCUGUUGAGACAAAAGUAGUUGCUCAACCCAUUAUUGUCUCAGAGCCUGAUCCUAUUUUUACCAAUGGCAAUGCUCUAGAAGAUGAUGAUGAAGAGGAGGAUGGUGACUUGGGCCUUAAAGCAAGAGCUCUUUAUGAUUAUCAAGCAGCUGAUAACACCGAGAUUACAUUUUACCCCGGAGAUAUCAUUACGCAUAUUGAACAAAUUGAUGAAGGCUGGUGGCAAGGCUUUUCUCCUGAUGGAACCUUUGGCUUGUUCCCUGCUAAUUAUGUUGAUCUGUUGGACUAGUCCAAGGUAAGCAAGGAUCAUUCAGAAGUAUGAUUGUCAUACACUCCCUCAUCAUAACCUUUAAACCAAGGCAUGUUUUGUCUUCUAUUGGGUAACAAUCUUAUUAAUCAAUGUGCGUCAAAGAAGACAAUCUCUUGGGGACAUUUUGGUAGCUAUCCCUUGCAGCAGUGCAGUUUGUUUGUUUCCUCUUGAGGGCAAAGUGCUGCAUGCUGUUAAGUCAUCUCUGUAUUGACCCCUCCCCACUUUUCCUUCUUUUACUCUCCCUUUAUUAACCACCCUGAUCUAAGAAAGAAUUUGUAAACUUACUUUUAAUUGAUCAACUAUUUUCAGUAUUCUUUUUCAGUAUUCAAUUGUUUAUCACUGCUGAAAAGUCACAAUUUUUAUUAUUAUGAAUAAUUUUAGGAAAAUCUUGUUUUUACACCUUUGGUCUGAUGAAAUGCAAAGGCUUGAAGUCUCAAAUCAUGGAAAGAUUUGAUUUAGUUAUGGUGUAGUUUGUUCCAAUUACAGUACCUAGGUUCCAUAAGUAAAUGUAUGAGAGAUUUUACAACAACCCACUGAUUUUAUAUCUCACAACUGUUGUUUUGUGGAACAUUUUCCUACCAAUCUCUUUAUUUUGGCAUCACAAUUAAUCUUUUUGUGUUGAGGAAAAAAGUUUGAAACUGACUUUGCAAUUGUUGCUUUCUCUACAUUUUGAGAGUUCUUUUAUUUGUCUUUGUACCUUGAUGUGUAAAGUCAUGAGUUAUCAUGUAUAUUGUUUAUAUUGUCUUAAGUGUAGCUUUGAAAGUAAAGAAGAGUGCCAUCAUGAUCAGUAUCUGUGUCUAGGCCAUUUCAGGCUUCUAACAUUUCUCUAUUUCUUUGUUGAUUGAGGAAGGAUAAUGGUUUAUGGAGGUGAACUUAAGUUUCAGUAACUUCCCUUUCAGAUACUGACAAUAAUUAAAAGGUGUCUAGUUAUAAAUCUUACGUCAUUAGCUUUCCCAUAAAAUCAUGUUUUAUACUUAUUUUUAGUCUUACAGUAGUAAAAGUGACAGCAUGGGCAACUGACUACUGUUUUCUUUUCUUGAUGAAUGAUAUAUUGAUAUAUAUAGAAAUUAAUGCUUUAGUGCCAAUAUAAAAAGACUUUGUUUUGCAUUUCUUGUUGAAUAGAUAAAAGUGUAAGACCUUUUGAUCAUCUUAAGGCACUUUGUCACGGACUAACUAAGAAAUAUUAUUUGUAGAUGUGGUCUGUUGUACACAUUUAUAUUUUAUUCUUAUUAAUUUCUUCAUACAUACUCCACAUUGAUUGUGGAAAGUAUAAUUUUUUUAAUCCAUAUUUAUUUGAUGCACUGCAAUGCCUUGUUAUCUUUUUACAGAACAUUUCUUUCCUUUAUGUUUUCAUAAUGUCCUUGUUAAUAAACAUACUUGUUAUUGAAA